AUGUUUCUGGGGUUCCUUCUCGUGCUGGCCUUGUCCUACGGGCCGCGGGUCGAAGGAGCUCGAGGAGAGGGAAUUCCAGCCAAUCGUGAUCAGAGCAAUCGACUCGAAAUUCCGCAGGGGGAGCAGCAGAGGCAGAGGCAGCUGGAGCUGAACCGGCUUCAAGCGGAGUUGCCAAGGAAGGCCAUGCUUGCAUUUCGGGAAUCGGAGCCGCAGGAGGAGUCGAGGAAGCAGGAGCAGCUGAAGCAGCAGCAGGAACACGAACCGCUUGAGAAGGAGCGGCCCGAGUUGAAGCAGCAGCGGCUGGACAAGGAGAAGGAGUUGAGCCGCAUUCAAGCGGAGGCGUCGAAGAAGGCCUAUCUGGAAUACCAGGAAAGGCAGCGACAGGAGGAGCUGUAUGAACAGCAGGAGCGGCAGAGGCAGCGGGGACGAAGCAUGCCGGACGAGGUGACGACGCAGCCGGACGAGGUGACGACGCAGUCGGACGAGGUGACGACGCAGCCGGACGAGGUGACGACGCAGCCGGACGAGGUGACGAUGCAGCCGGACGAGGUGACGACGCAGCCGGACGAGGUGACGACGCAGCCGGGCGAGGUGACGACACAGCCGGACGAGGUGACGACGCAGCCGGACGAGGUGACGACGCAGCCGGACCAGGUGACGACGCAGCCGGACCAGGUGACGACGCAGCCGGACGAGGUGACGACGCAGCCGGACGAGGUAACGACGCAGCCGGACGAGGUUGUCGAGAAACGCUAG